CACUCUCCUCUUGUGUGCCAUGCAAGAUGGAAGCUCAAGUUGAGGUACAUGAUGCCUACCCAAACUCUUCACUGAACAUUCCUGCUCCGUUUCCAAAUCAGUUUGGCCAAGGUGGGUCAGCAUCGGCAUCAGGAGACGCUGAUGACGACGCUGACGUCUCUGUGGCGUCCUGCUCCCAGCAACACAUUAGGAUUGGAUGUCCCCAGAAUGGAUUGGUGUCUGCAGGUGCAAGUGAACUACAGCAGCACAUUGAUUCAGAACAUUCUGCUUCAGGACCCCACCCCUGCUCUGAAUACCCCUCUAGUUCAGGGAGUGGACUACAGCAGAACAUUGAUCUGGAACAUCCUGCUUCAGGACCCCACCGCUGCUCUGAAGACUCGUCUAGUUCAGGGAGUGGUCUACAGCAGCACAAUUAUGCUUUGCAUUCAAUAGAAACAUCCUACAGGUUCCCAGACUGUAAACAAUCCUGUACCACAAAUGAAUCAUUGCAAAAGCAUAUUAGAUCAAAACCUUUGUCCGAAAGUGAACACCAAAGCCGAUCCUGUUUGAAUUUGCGUGCCAAUGAAGUUGAUCACCAACAAAAUAUUUUCUUGAAGCAUUCUCCAAGAAAUGCACAGAAACAUUCUCGGAGUAAACCUGCUGAUGAAUGCAAUGGAAUCAUGCAGAAAUGUGUUUAUGCUUACACCACAAAAGGAAGCUUGAAAAGUCUUUUUCUUCAGAAGACUUCAACAGAAAAACCUUUUCAGUGCUCCGAUUGUGAAUAUGCUUGUGCCAGAAAAGAAAACUUGAAAAGACAUUUUCUUCAGAAGCAUUCAACAGAAAAACCUUUUCAGUGCUCCAAGUGCAAUUAUGCUUGCGCCUUAAAAGGAAACCUGAAAAAACAUUUUCUUCACAAGNGAAAAGAACACUUGAAAAGCAUUCAACAGAAAAAGACCCAUCUGUGCUCCAAGUGUGAUGAUAUGUGGGUCGACAAUGCAUGUUUGAACAGCAUCUGCUCUCAGGCCAUCAGAAACAGCUCCAGUGACCCAGUGAAACUAGGCGGCACUAUCGUUCUCAACCACCAGAUGGUCGGGAACGAGAUUGUGUCCAACCCGUUUAACCGAGCGGUUGCCCUCCUGUUGCGCUCACGACCAACACAUUUGUCGCCGUCUGGAUGCCUGCUGUAA